AUGGACGACGUGCCUCCGAUCAUCAACAUCUCCAUCUCGUUGAGGAUCCAGCCCAACGAGGGGCCCGUGUUCUUCAAGGUGGACGGAACCAGGUUCGGCCAGACCAGAACCAUCAAGCUGCUGACGGGCUCCAAGUACAAGAUCGAGGUGGUGCUGAAGCCUGGAAACGUCGAGGCAAUCAACAUGAACAUCGGAGGCAUCGUCUUCCCUCUGGAGCAGCAGUCCAGGGACGAGGAGUCGGUGGUUUAUCACGCGCAGUACGACACCGAGGGCGUCCCGCACACCAAGAGCGGAGACCGGCAACCCGUCCAAGUCGGUAUGGAGUUUAAAAAAGCAGGGACGUUCGAGACCGUCUGGCAGGCGAAGUACUACAACUACUACAAGAGGGAGCACUGCCAGUUCGGCAACAAGUUCAGCACCAUCGAGUACGAAUGCAAGCCCAACGAGACGCGGACCCUCAUGUGGAUCAACAAGGAGACCUUCAACUGA